UCACCACCACCACCACCACAUCACCACGCCACGUCUAUCACAAUGGAGGCCGAUUCGUCGUCUGCACACCCGCACCUGUCCUUCGAUCAUGGCCUCAUGACCGUAGUCGACUCAAAUCCUUCUGCAGCAGCCAGCACAUCUGCCCCACCUCACGCCGCCAUCAGCGCCCUCGUCAGCUCCCUCAUCUCCCACCUCCCCAUCACCAUGAACGCAGACCAUGGCCCACUCCUCUCCUUGCCCCUUCCCACGACGCAAUUGCCCCGUGCCAAGCCCCUCCCCAAGCCAAAGCCCCUCACAAAAUGGCAGCAAUUCGCUCGCAAAAAGGGCAUUCCAGAGAAGAAGGCAAAGGACGGUAAACUAGUCUACGACGAGGACACAAAGGAAUGGGUUCCCAAGUGGGGUUACAAGGGCGCCAACAAAAAGGUUGAGGAGCAGUGGAUCCAUGAAGUGCCCAUGGGCAAAGAAGACGACUAUGAUCCCUCCAAGGCCAUGAAGGCUGAGCGCAAGAAGAGGAGAUUGGUCAAUGAAGGCCAGAGGUUGAAGAAUGAGGCUCGAGCGAGCAAGGAAUUGCAGGCAAAGAAUGCUGCUUCCACUUCUUCGUCUGCUCCUUUGAUCGACGACAAAGCAGCUCAACGUCUUAAACGCAAAUCAGAGCUCCUUGCCUCUAUCCGUCAAGGCCGAGCAUCGACGGCCUCGAUGGGCAAGUUUGAUCGCCACCUCGAGGGAGAGGACAAGGCAAGGCCAAAGGGACAACGACGUCACUUUGAGAGCAAUGAGGCUGAUACGGCGGGGGAGCGUGGUAGGCAAUUGGCAUUGCUCAAGGGUCUAGACGGCAGCAACAAGGGGGAUGUUGUCAAUGCGAGAAAGGCAGUUCGAUUCGAGUCAAAGGGGGAGGGAGCCCUCGCCCUAGCUAGGAAGAGGGACGGCGAAGGUCGUGGUGGUUCGGGAGGAAAGCGCAAGAGGUAAUCUGCGCACAAUGCAAUCUUACGACUUCUCAUUGCUAUCAUGUCGCACUCAGGCAGCAGCGCUGGCCUCCUUCGCUGCAGUGAGCUUGUUCUCCAACCUCCUCUCCUCUCUCAA